GUUGGACCACCAAUUUGCUGCUGCCAGACGGGACAGCUGUAAGCGGUUGGGUAUUUUCUGCGGCGUCGGCUGCUUACUACCGAGGGAAAGGUCAAGAAGACGGAGCGUGUUGGCCAACAGUCCAACUCCGCCACUGGCCGCUUACGGAGCAUCGACGCGACCGGACCCCAGUAUUCAACCAUUUCCAUGGCGUCUAAACGCCUUUACUGAGGAGACGGGGCACGCUCAGCCCGACCAGAGGAUGUUGUCUGCCCUCGUACGAGCCUUUAAGGGCAGCCGCUCGCAAGGUGAGGAGCAUGCAGACCUCGAACAAGACAUUUUGUCUCGACCCUCAGUUGCCGAAUACCGUAGGCACCUUCAUGCCACAGCGGAUUUCACCGAGGCGGAUGAUGAUGAUGACGACGACGAAGAAUCCAACGAUGGCGACAGGACUCGCUACCCUCUGGGCAGCCGUCCCGACGAGGAGGACGGCCUGGCUCGGUCUGGCAGCCUCUUGCCUCUAUUCUCCGCCAGUCACCUAGACUCGCUUUCGGUAUAUGGUAUGACCCAUGCGAUUCGCAUCAUUGUGCAAACCAGGACCGAAACCACGUUGUCGUGGGAUCAACUUAGAUCUCCCCAGGUGUCGCAGUUCCUAGUCAAACCAAUGCAGCAGCAGAUCCGCGCACAGCACUUCUCGCCUAGCACCUUGUAUGCCCUGAUGGCCAACUGCCUGCAGUUCGAGAAGGAGGGCCAGCUCUGUCCAGGGAGUGCCGGCACAAGUGCCACCAGGGCAAGGGUGUGCGAGCUGUUAGCUAUCAAAUUGCUCAAGGAGUACGCCACCCGGGAUCUCAUCGAUGCGCUCUGCUACGACUUCUACCCCCUCCAGGGCAUUCCAGGAUCACAGACACCUCUUGCGCCAGGAGACAGCCCCAUCUCGGCCGUUCCCAGGACAUCGACUCUGGAAGUCGCCAUCCGGGCCUCUGCAAAGCAUUUUCUCUCUCACCCUUUAGUCAUGCAGCAGCUUCUGGCCAUCUGGAGCGGAGCCAUUUGCCUUUACCCCAGCAGACAGGAGGCCCUGCACAAGGGCUCUGCCUCGAGCGCUGCUAAGAGCAACGUAUCACGCCGUCAGAGCACUAUUCGUACCCCGUUACUUGGCGACCAGGGAGCGAAGGAAGGGCCUGUCAGCUCCCAAUAUUCAUCCGGUCGCCCUUCGGUCGCCCUCUACGACCCUCGGACCGCCUCUGUGUUCAAGCUGUCUCGGCUAAGAGUUCCGCGGUACCGACGAAUCCUUUCGAGAUGCUCCCUAGUCGUCCUGACAUGCCUGUUCUUGGCGGUCCUAGCCCAGAGGUCGAGCAAGAUCACGACACUCGAGCUUCUCUUCUGGUUCUGGAGUGCCGGGUUCAUGCUCGACGAGAUCAUUGGCUUCAACGAGCAGGGUUUCUCAUUUUAUGUCAUGAGCUUCUGGAACAUCUUCGACCUGGUCAUCCUGCUGCUUCUGAUUGUCUACUACUGCAUGCGCAUUUAUGGCGUAUUCCUGCUGGACCCCCAUAAGUGGAAUCAAAACGCAUACGACGUCCUCGCGGUCAACGGCAUCCUCCUCGUGCCGCGGAUAUUCACGGUGCUGGACAGCUAUCCCUACUUCUCCCAGCUGCUGAUUGCUCUCCGGCUGGUGGCCGUAGAUCUGGCUGCCAUCUCCGCCCUCAUCAUAGCAUGCUGUAGCGGCUUCUUUGCGUUCUUUGUCUUCUUCAAGAACCCGGACGAUCCAUACUCGAUGGCUUUCAACCUGUUCCAGAUUCUCAUGGGGUUCCCGUCCUCUGCUUGGGACAUGUGGCCAACCUACGACUGGUUGGGCAAGACGCUUAUGGGCGUAUUCCUUGUCAUUAGUCACUUCUUGAUCCUAGCGAUGCUCAUCGCUUUCUUGACCAACUCCUUCAUAUCGAUCGCCUCGAGAGCGAAUCAGGAGUAUCAGUUCGCCUUUGCCAUUAAUACCAUUUCGAUGGCGAGGAGCGACGCGCUAUUCUCUUACAUCGCCCCUGGCAACAUCCUCGCUUGGGCGAUCAUGCCUCUAAGACACUGCUUGGCCCAAGACCACUAUGUCUGGCUCAAUCGAGCCGUGAUCAAGGCCACUCACUUCCCGGUGCUCUUCUGCAUCUAUGUCUACGAGAGAUGCUUUCUGGCGCCUGACCUGUACGAGGCCACGGAUUUGGUCGAUAGGCCUCGUCGCGGCCGUCAGAAUCGCUUAUCGGACCCGGCAAUCAGGUCGGCGUUCUUCGACCCUAGCAUCCGGGUUCGUGAAGAAUCGGCGCUGGGCUACCAGAAGGACCGCGCUCUGGAAGAGGUCUUCCGGCGGGCCCCGGAUAUGAGGAGCCAAAGGCGGAACGAGCGGCGGAAAACGCAGACUGCGAUUCGGACCUGGAUGGACCAUCAAGAAGGCGGCUACAGCUCGCCCCACAACUACUCGACGAUUGACAGCAGAAUCGGCAGCGAUUGGAACAGGAGGCUGAGCAUAAACCGGGAGAGGCCGUCACGAAUCGCGCGGAAUUAUUCAGAGAUCAGAUCGGCCGCGAGCGACCCUGCUGCUGAUUUCAUCUCUGAUGCGCCUUAUCCGCUGAACGUCGGCAUGUACAACGACGGGAUCGCACGAAGAGACCACGCCGUCGAGGCAAAGGAAAACACCGAUCGUGAUGCAGAUGGAGACGACGAGUUGGUUACCAACGAUGAGGAUGAGGAGGACAACGCCACCAACACCUUGGAUGAAGGAGGCAUGCCUGGGCAGGAAGCCGUAGAGGAAGACUAUUUCACGACCCCGGUCGCGGGCCGAUUCACAAGCGGCGAGCUCUCCAUCGAUUCCCCUCGUCCGCCGACAUCAAGGCGAUUACCACUGCACACCCGGACAUUGUCCACAAACACGAUCCUGUACGCGCCAGAGGACACGCAGCAGUACAGCUCCUCCUCCGCCUCGGCAUGGCCAAUCUCCCGAGCCCUCUCGCGCCCCGUCAGUAACCGCCACACGCCUGUUUCAACGCCCGUUACACGGGACAACGGCCGCCGUUCCCCUCGCCGCUCGCUCUACCUCCCAUCCCACCCUCGACCGGGCGACCUCACCUCGCGCACGGCGCCCAAUCGCGCGGGCCUCACCCUAGACAUCCCCUCCAACAACACUACGCGCGGCAAGGCGACCUUCGCGCGCCGCCGAUCCCUAGCCGACCUCGACGCUUUGGUGGAAGCAGACGAUACCGUCAGCGCCCGCAGCAUGGACGAUGUCAGCAACAACAACCGCGUCAGCAACCUGAUGCUGGUCAAGAUGAAGUCCCUCGAAGAAAGCCUAGGCGACAUGGUCCGCGAGAUGAGGACGCUACGGAAGUCGGUGCCUAACACGGCCCACAACUCGGACGAGGCCGUCAGCGGGGGCAGCAACAUGAUGGAUGGUAGUGGAGGUAGGAUUGCCGGUUCUAGAUCUUGGGCGGGCAAGCAAAGCUCCGUUCCGGGCGGGGUGCCUGCACCGCCGGCGCUGAUUGAAGUGGCUGUUGCGCAAGGCAGGGACAGGGACAGGGACAGGACUGUUGGUGGUGCCGGGUCAAGGCGGUCGAGAGCUGCCACCACUGCUGCUGCUACCGUGAGGAGGGUGAUACCCGGAAGUAGUCAUGGUCAUGGCCAAAGCCACGGCCAAACCCACCGGCGACAAGGGGGCGGAGUGUGGAGGAGUCCGAGGGAGGGUACGGGUACUACUAGUACAGACGCUGGGUUUUUCGGAACCAGCGGUACGGGAGGAGAUGGCUCCAGGGAUGAGGAGCGUAAGAAGCUGGUAGCGAAGGGCAAGGAAAGGGAACGGGUUGGAAGCCGUGGUGAGGGUGUGAUGAGUGCAAAUAGUCCUGCCAUAUCCCCUGACGGGGAAGGUGAGUUGACGGCGUCGUAUUUGGUUACGACUUCUAUGAGGGGAAGCUCGAUAUGAUGAGCGGUUGGUUCCUUUCCUUGGACUACUCUCCCCCCUGGUGGACUCAGUGUUCGUUCCUCGCAUGGGCGUUUUGGGCAUGGUUGCAUUGGGUGGCGUUGUUUGAUGCCCUUGCGCUUAUCUCGUUGUUGAUCAUAGGUGUGGAUAAUGAUGGGGUGGCGGUCUAGUAUACAAAAAGAAAGGGGUCGGUAGGUAGGUAAUCUGCGGGAUUGGUAGGAGGUUACUUUAGUUUCGUCUAGCGACCAGUCCGUCUGUGUCCGCCCUGCUGUUAGGGCUAUGAAAGAAAUGGUUGCCCAUGCACUCAACCUCCCG